AUGGCGAAACUGGCUCCCCCUCCUGUGUCAAUGUUGAAAUCUAAACUGAAGAAGAAGUCUGCAUCUUCUCAGGGGGAAGAAAAGAAACGAGGCUCAUCUCAAAAAGUCUCUAAGAAGAGAAAGAAGAGAUCAAAAAGCUUUGAAAGUUUGAAGAAAUCUCCCUUACCACAAGAACCCAUCCAGGCAGAGCAACUCAACACAAGUUUGACACAAGAACCUACUACGAUGGACAAGGGUGCCUAUGAAUCUCAAGCUCUGAAUGACCACCUAAGUCUCCCACAAGAACCUGGCUUGCCAGAUGAGACGAGACAAGUGGUCACUGAUCCAAUCAUUUCCUCCACACCGGCUGUUGAAACAACCCUCUCACAAGAACCUACCCAAGUAGAGCAAAUGGUUUCCAUUCUGACACAAGAACCUGUCAGGAUUAAAUCAGAUCUGAAAGAAUCUCAACCCGAGCCUACAAUCUUACAAGAACCAGAUAUAACUGAGAACUCUCGAACAGUUGUACAUGUACCUAAAGCUGUGCCCUUUCCUCCAUCAAGAGAUCAGCUGCUCCCACAAUCAAUUGAGAACGAUUUUAAUAGAGUCAUGCAAUGGCAAAAAUGGCGAACUUCUCCUUUACAGACUUUCCUUGAAAGAUUUGAUGAGAUGAAGGAUGAAGAAAAUUUCGCUCUAGAAUGGAUUGGCACAAAAGACGUCUACAACGCACUCCGUCUUGAAACCAUCAACCGUGUAUACUCUUACAAGGUGACCCAUCGCACUCUUGGGAAUGACAAAGCCCCUAUUUUCAUUGAGCUGAAUAAGCCGUCGUUAGACCCAGCAUUUGAAGAAGAAAUGAAAGAGUUCAAAUAUGCUCUUCUUCAGUCAAAAGUCAAGACGGAAUUAGAACGAACUCAUCAGAAUAAUCCUGCUUGUGAUGUCUGCGGAUCCAAAGAUGACGAAGGGAAGGAGGUUGAAGAUAAGGACGAAAGAACCUCUGCACAUGAAAGAAUUGAAGAUGGUUCUGAUGCUAAUGGAAAUAAUGGAGACACUGAAAACGAAAAUAACAACGAAGAAGUCACUGAGAAUGAAGAAACCGAUGAAGAAGAUGCUGAAAAUGAAGAGAAUGAGGAUGAUGAUGAAAGGAAAGAUGACGAUGAUGAUGAUUGUGAUGAUGAUUUAGACAACAAUGAUGACGAGGGUGGCAAUUCAGACUAUGAUAGUGAAUCUCCUAUCCUUGGUGAUACUGAAUACACACCCGAAAGAUCACCUGCACCUCGAUCAUCUCCACCUAAGAACAAUUUGUCUCGUGAUCCGUCUCAAUCCAUGCCACAACCAAGACAAAGAGAAGUAGUUGAAGAUCCAGCUCGUGAUGACAAUAAGGACGCAUCACCUCGUGAUGAAAACAUGGAAGCAUCACCUCAAGCACAGCCCUUUACAUUUGAACAUAGAAGUGCUCUUCGCAAACCUAUGCGUCCAUAUCCCGAUCAAGAGCUAAGCAUCAAGUAUCUUAGCCCCGAGCACAUCAUGCAUCAAGUGUUGAAUGCGUUCUUCAAUGCUGAACUUAUUCAUAAACAAUAUCUGUUUCAUCGAGAAAAAGACAGCCGAAACAUAGCAGAUCUUUCUGCCAAAGUGGAUCAUCUGAUGCAAACCAUGUCUCAUCAUCCACCGAGCUCCUCCAUCUCAGAUACUCAAGACAAGCUCGCACAAGAACUCCAACAACAACACGCUAUUCUUGACAAAAUUGCUAAGGAACAGCAUGCUCUCAAACACACACAAUUCGGCCUCAAAGAAUGA